AUUAUUCGCGUUUUGCAGUCGCCUCUUCUGCGAAAUGAGAUGAGACCGAUCCCUUAUGACAUUUCCUUAUCGAUUACCUCAUUCUUAAGCCUAAUCCUUAUCUGCUCCGCAAACCCAAUUGACAACGGCCUUGUUGACUCGGAACUAAUUCAUGAAUGCGUUACUCACAAGGCAGUUGAAGUGAUUCUCCUAUUAGAUGCAAGUGGCUCAAUUGGAGAUGACACAUUCAAAAAACAGCUCUCAUUUGCAAUGCAUUUGGCGUCUCGUUUGAAUAUCUCAGAAGAUGGUAGUCAUAUGGCAUUGAUACAGUACGCCGAGACACCUAAACUCGAAUUCUCAUUGGGACAGUUUAAUCAUCCAACACAGCUAGAAUGGGCAAUUCAACGAAUUGAAUACCAAAGUGGGGCCACAAACACCGGCCAAGCCCUUCGUCUAACCCUCGAAAAAGGUCUUCAAGGAGCUCGACCAGGCAUUCCAAAAGUUGCAAUAGUGAUCACAGAUGGACAGAGCCAAGAUGACGUCUCUGAGCCAUCUCAAUUGCUCCGAGAUGCUGAUGUGAUGGUCUAUGCGAUUGGGGUGACAAAUUUAGUGAAUGUUCAUCAGUUGCACCAGAUGACCGGAAAUCCCGUCAGAGUGUUUACGGUGGAGUCCUUCGAGCAGCUGGAUAGAGCACUGGCCGAUUCACUGACUUGGAGCAUGUGCAAGACGGAAUUCCGCCCGGGGACCCCUGAAAUCAUUUGUGGACCUGAUCGCAUCGGAGUGAAAGCUUCUACAAAACAGCCGUUCGAGGGAAAUGUCUUUGUCAUGGAUCACUAUCACGACGAAGAAUGUCGGGCUGGACCAGAAAAGUUUCCAGAUUCUCGGAGCAUUGGGCUCACUGUCCCCUUUUCGGCUUGUAAUGUACAUCGAUAUCGUUCGCUGAACCCAAAAGGAAUCUUUGUGGAAGUCAGUAUUGUGUUCAUGUUUCAUUCAUUAUUCAUGACAAAAACCGAUCAAACUGUUAAAGUUCAAUGUUUUUACAUGGAAGCGGACAAGCAUGUUACCGUACCACUAUCUGUCAGUAUGAUCACAACAGUGUUCCGUGAGCAAAUCUAUCAAAUGCCUCAAUGUGCCUACACCCUCCGAAAAGGCGCCCCUGAUGGCCCAAUAGUCCGUUUUGCAACUCUCGGUGAAAGUGUAUAUCAUAGAUGGGAAUGCAUUGAAGUGGAGGGUGCUGAUAAGGACACUUUCGGAAUGUUAGUUCACUCUUGCUAUGUGGAUAACGGCUACGGUGAUAGAGUGGAUAUUCUUGAUUCGAAUGGUUGUGGCCUAGACGCGGUGCUUCUCUCAACUCCGGACUACGAUACUUCUCUGCGUCUCGCCACGAAACCCUACCACGUAUUUAAGUACGCGGACCGCCCGGUACUACAAUUUCAGUGUCAAAUAACACUAUGUCUGAAAUAUGAUGGAGGAUGUGAAGGGAUUACUCCUCCACAGAAUUGUAAGAAGCUUCCUGGUGAGGAUGGUCAUCAUCAUCAUCAUCAUCCGGAGAAAAGGAGGAAAUUGGUUAGGCGACUGGCGGAUGGUGUUGGAACUAUUGAUGUAUUUACCGAUUCUGUUACGGUUCUGGAACAGGAGCCAGCGUGUCAGCAACCUCUCCCAUACCCUCUAAUCAACACGAAUCUCUGGAUAAUGGGCAUAAUUACCUUGACAAAUAUAUUCGUAUUCAUUUUGACAGUAUGGUUUACAUUCCGGAAAAGAAGAUGUAAACCUGCAUAGAGACUUCUCCAUUCUUCUACAUUAAUUUUUGUGCAAUAUCCUCCUUUUUGAUACGGUGUACUUAUUUAUUGAUAUAUUAAAUACAUAUAUGAUAUUUA